UAUUACCGAAUUACAUUGAUCACCGGUGUGCUUCCGCCUUCCAAUUUUCUGUUACCAGUUACCUCUUCCCUUUGGGCAGUUUUUCUUCACUUUCUCCUUCUUCUCUUCUCUUCUCUCAGCAAACCCUACGAAACACUACCAACGCAUUCCCAUUUCCCAAUCUGGGAUCACCGUUUUCGUGUUCCUCGCUUCGUUCACUCUCAUCCUUUGCUUUUAGUUGACUGAGGAGGUUACUGAGAGCUAAGCUUGUGAAAUCCAAUCCAGUUUUUCAUUUUAACCGCUGGUCAAUUUGCUAAGAAUCAGCAGUACAUGAGAUCUGAAUUGCCAAAUUGAAUUUGAUGCUAGAUGUGAAACAAAAGAAAGAUUACCUACGUGUGUUACUGGGUAUUGUCAUAGAUAUAUAAGCACAUGCAUGCUACAGGAAAUAAGUAGGCUUCUGUUUUGGUUUAUAAUAGAAGAUCCUGGCUAACAGAAGGGCUGUCUAAUGUAAUGGCAAACUCUGUCAAAGUCAGGCCAGGAGGUAUGUUGAAAGCUGUACAAGAGAUUGGCAUCUACAUUCAUAGGUUUCACAACCUCGACCUUUUCCAGCAGGGAUGGUAUCAGAUUAAGAUUACUAUGAGAUGGGAGGAUAAUGAAAAUACAUCUUUUGGAAUUCCAGUUAGGGUGGUUCAAUAUGAAGCUCCUGAGCUGGGUCUUGGUAGUGUAUAUGGUAUUUGGAGGAUUGACGAUACAGACUACAGUUUUUCAACUCAACCCUUUCGCAUAAAAUAUGCUAGGCAGGAUAUUUAUUUAUGUAUGAUGAUCUCAUUCAACUUACCACUUAUUGGAUUUGAGGGCUUACCAACAACUGCUGUAAUUCUAAAAUUUGAGCUUGUGUAUGCUCCCACAUUUGAAAAUGGUGCUGACUUGCAAUCUUCUCUAGAUGCUUACCCUGCUGCUGUCCAUGAAUUCCGCAUUCCUCCUAAAGCUCUUUUAGGAUUGCAUUCUUAUUGUCCGGUCCAUUUUGAUAUGCUACAUGCGGUGCUUGUUGAUGUCAGUGUACAUAUUAGUUUACUGAAAGCUACUUCGUCCCAGAGGGCAUUGAAGGUACCCAGCAAUUCUGGCAAUGUUGAACUUGUUGCUGAUAAAAACGAUGACACAUUGGACCAAGAAUUGGGUGAAUUUGCUUCUGUCGAUUUGAAAAAUGUCACGUUUGUUAAAGCAUUCUUCGCAGCUCGUGAUAUAUUGCUUGAAGAACUACAGAAGCUUAACGAAGUAGUUGAUCAACCUAUUGAUAUUACAGAAUUUGUAUCUAAAAAGAGCAGCACAAAUUUAUUAAAUUCUGUUCUGGAAUCAAAUCAGUUCCCAACAGAUGUUGAACCUUCAGGACAAGGCAAGCCACAAAUUGAUCUUGAGGAAAGAAAUAGUGAGCCAGAUUUUCUAAAUGUUGAGAACUUUGAUUUAUUGGCAAUUGAUCAGCUGUUGGACUGUUAUCACAUAUUGGGAGAUCAAUUGACACACUUAUGGAGCGUUUUUCUGAAGUUCCACAGGAAUAACAAAACAAAGAUACUAGAAUUUUUGCGUGAUACAUGGGCUAAGGAUCGGAAAGCUGAAUGGUCAAUAUGGAUGGUGUACUCUAAGGUAGAAAUGCCUCAUCAUCAUACAAAAAGUGAGAGCGACGAGUCGUCACAUCAUGGUGGACAUAGAAGAGUUCCUAGUUUGUUGAAGGUAUCUGAAGAGCCUCAUCAGAUUGCAGCUACACGUGCUGAACUUCAUCGAAGAAGCAUUGCACAAAUGAAGAUUAACAGUCGAUCAAUUCAAGACAUGCAUAUAUUCGGGGAUCCUUUACGUACACCAAUCGUCAUUGUUGAACGUGUGAUGAAUGCACCACGUCGGACUUUGAGUGAAAAUUCAUACUUGAGUAAUGUUGAAUACCUAAGUUCCAAUAGCUUUCAAACAGCGCACAGUUCUGACGCUACAGACACGAAAUCUACACCCCUAAGUAAUGCACAGGUGUUGAAGAUUGUGGUCUUUGUGCAUGGUUUUCAGGGGCAUCAUUUGGAUCUAAGACUCAUUCGAAAUCAAUGGCUUUUGAUUGAUCCCAAAAUAGAAUUUCUUAUGUCAGAGACUAAUGAAGAUAAAACAAGUGGAGACUUUAGGGAAAUGGGACAAAGGCUAGCUCAGGAGGUUAUUUCUUUUGUUAAAAAGAAAAUGGACAAAGCAUCAAGAUAUGGGAGUUUGGGAGAUAUUAAGCUAAGUUUUGUGGGACAUUCUAUUGGUAACCUCAUUAUCAGAACAGCGAUUGCAGAGAGCAUCAUGGAGCCAUUUUUAAGAUAUCUAUAUACUUAUGUUUCACUAUCGGGUCCUCAUUUGGGGUAUCUUUAUAGUUCAAACUCCUUGUUUAAUUCUGGAUUAUGGGUCUUGAAGAAACUAAGAGGCACACAGUGCAUUCAUCAGCUCACCUUCACAGAUGAUCCAGAUAUUCAAAAUACAUUCAUCUAUCAGCUGUGUAAGCAGAAGACAUUGGAUCAUUUUAAAAAUAUUAUUUUGAUAUCUUCCCCACAGGACGGGUACGUGCCAUACCAUUCUGCCAGAAUUGAGACGUGCCUGGCUGCCUCACAUGACACUUCAAGGAAGGGGAUUGUGUUCAUGGAAAUGCUGAAUAAUUGUUUGGAACAGAUCUACGCCAAUCCCUCCGAACAAAGAAUAUUUAUGCGCUGUGAUGUCAAUUUUGAUACCACUGCCUAUGGCAAGAAUUUAAACUCUUUCAUUGGGCGUGCUGCACAUAUCGAAUUCCUGGAGUCUGACAUCUUUUCCAAGUUCUUGAUGUGGUCUUUUCCUGAACUAUUUCGAUAGGAUUUCCUUUGAUUUGCACUCCUAUCCUGAGACAUAAGGUGUCUACUUUAUUUAUCAGCUACAAACAACAAUGGUGCUCGGAUUUCAGCACGUGCCACGUGGUAUUCAAAUAAUGGAGAAAAUCUUGCUGUGUUGGCCAAAGCAUCUACACAUUUAUGUUUAGUAGGCUGUGAAACUUUUGUUUCACAUGUAUAUCCUUGGAAAUGGUUGAAAUAUGUGAUGUAAUUAUUCUAGGUAAUUAGAUCACCGUUAGUAAUUUUUUUUCUUAUAAGCCAUUAUAUGGGAUGGGGUUCUCCUUGCGACAGUCCUGCGUGGCUUUUAAUUUCUAUUUUAGGUUUGGUCUAAAUGUUAGGAUUAAUUUCAACUUUCUUUGUAUAUACCUUAAAACUUUCCAUUAACUAACUAAACAGAGAAUCGUAUAAUUA